AUGCCACGUCAAAAAGACUUUGCAUGGACACAUUGCACAGCAAUUCCUGGUAGCACGAAGGUCAAGUGCAAUUGGUGUCAAGAUGAGAUCAGUAGUGGAAUUUAUCGUUUCAAAUGGCAUUUGUCAAAAGAACGAGGAAAUAACACCGAAAUAUACAAAAAAUGCCCUGCAUAUGUCUCAUAUCAGGCAAAGCAAUCUCUUGAAGGGAUUGCUAAGAAUAAGGCCAAAAAGGCAAAAAUUGGGGUUGAACUAGGUUCAAGUUCUACAAAUCCUAGGAUGCAUGAUUUGGGUGAGGAUGGUGAAGAUGGGGGUUUCAGGGAAUCUGGGUCGACACAUAAUUCUAUAGCACGUGGACCAAACACAGGUAGAGGAAACACUAAUGCUUUCUUCCAACCUCAUACUACACCAGGAUCACAAAACACUUUGGAGAGUACAAGAUGGAGGAAAAUUGUCACUGAACAAGCAAAGAAGGCAAUUGCUAAUUAUUGGUACUCCUCUCACACGGCAUUCCAUGCUUCCAAAAAUCCAUAUUGGCAACCCAUGGUAGAUGCUAUUGCAGCUGUAGGUCCUGGGUUUCAAGCCCCAUCUUAUGAAUCAUUGAGGGUUGGUAUGCUGAAAGAUGCAAUAGAGGAUGUUCAAGAUGUUAAACAACAUCGAUUGCAGUGGGUUAGAACUGGUUGCAGAAUCAUGUCAGAUGAUUGGACAGAUAGAAGGAACCAAACUCUCAUUAACUUCCUUGUCUCUUGGCCACAAAAUGUGGUUCAAUUUAUCACAGACAAUGUUGCUGCUUGUGUUGCUGCAGGGAGACUUCUAACAGAUAAAUACCCUUCCAUGUUUUUUACACCAUCUGAGUGGAUGGAGUCUGGUUUCACAACUCAAGCAAAUGGCAUAGCAGUGGCAGAGUAUAUGCAUUCUACCACCUUUUGGGAAUCUAUUGAACAGAUUGUAGAAUUUUCAAAGCCUUUAGUAAAAGUCUUGAAACUAGUGGAUGGGGAUAAACCCCCAUGGGAUGUGUAUGAGGCCAUGGAUAGGGCCAAGGAGACUAACUUCAUGGAAAUUGAUGUUGAGAUCAAACAAGGCUUCUUCAAGUGCAUGGAAAAAAUGUUUCUUGACUUGGAAAAAUUUGAUGCGGUUACGAUAGAGUUGGAAGUGUACAAGCAUGCCAAGGGCUUUCUCUCUUCUAGGGCUGCUAUACAAAGCAGAAAGACCAUUCAACCAGCUGCAUGGUGGGCUUCUUUUGGAGACGAAAUACCAAAUUUAAGGUGGAUGGUAGUGCACAUUUUGAGCCAACCAUGCAGCUCAUCAGCUUGUGAGCGUAAUUGGAGUGUGUUUGAACACAUACAUUCCAAGAAACGCAACCGCCUAUCACAACAACAGCUGAAUGACCUAGUAUUUGUUCAUCACAACCUCUGUUUGAAGAUAAGGAAAGCUCAAGGAACUAUUGAGGAAGGCUUGCCAAUUGACCUCAAUGAGAUAUAUCCAGAGUGUAAAAGCAAAGGGGCAGAUUUUGAAAGAAUUCCAUUACAUUAUCAGACAUGGAGCAACAACAGCAAGUUUGGGGAAGAUCAGACAUUAAUGAGAAUUUCCAAGUUCUGA